AUGGUGUACAUAGCCGCUUUGAUAGCGGUAUGCAGUGCAGCGAAACUAGAUCGUACUUACCUACCGCCAGCUUCAGCUAAAACAGCAGGGGGCAGUUCAAGUGAUAUACAAGCACCACUUAUAAGAGAUUCUAUCAGUGAAGGGCAAAGUGGAUUACCAAAGGGUGCUUUUGACAACGAUUUUGACGGAGUCGUUGUCGAAGCAGCAGCCCCAGGAACUAGAGGAUCAAGCCCGGCUGAAACUGGAUUAGGAGCACCUAGAAUUUCUUACGGUUCCAGUCACUCAAAAGUUGGCGAAGCAGCAUUCAAAACUAUCAAUCAGCAAGGUGUUCAAACUCAAAUUGCGUCCCAAUUUUCAGGAAAUUCCUAUCAAGUACCUAACUCCAAUUUUAAUACAGCAUCGCAACGACCACAGGCUGUAGUUGAUCGGGCUUCAAAUAUAGUGCGUUUUCAAAAUGAAGUAAGACCUAAAUCUUACAACUAUGCCUUUGAAACAGACAAUGGCAUAAAAGCGGAAGAAAACGGAGUCACUAAUAAUGGAGUGGAGGUACAAGGUGGAUAUUCAUAUACCGGUGACGAUGGAAAAUUGUAUAAAGUUACAUAUACAGCUGGCGAAGGAGGUUACCAACCAAUUGGAGAUCAUCUGCCAACUUCACCUCCUAUUCCUGAUGAGAUAUUGAAGUCUUUAGAACAGAAUGCAAAAGAAGCUGCUGCUGGAUUUGUUGAUGAUGGGUCGUAUGAUGCUGCAAAGUAUAAUGCUGAAAGCGAAUACACUGAAAGUGACAACGAUUAUGAUAAAUAUAAGAAUAUAGAUUCUGGUUUACAAAGAAAACCUGAGUUGGAUGCCGAUGUGAGUGGAACAUUAAUUAGUCAAAAUAAUCAGGAAUUGGGAAGUGCAAAUGUCAAGGAACAAUUUACUUCAUAUUUCAAUCAUACACCAGAGGAUACAAAUAGAAAUAAUGUUUUUGGAUCAUUCACAAAUAAUAACUACAAAAAUGAUAAAACUUUAGUGCAGCAACUUAGUGAAACAUCAAUGUUAGAACCAAUUUCAACUCAAAAUACUUUGAAUCGAGUUAAUUCUAAUAAGAAUACCCAUGUAGAGAUGUCUAAUGAUGAUGAAUUUUCAAGGCCUAUAUAUUUUGGUUCGAUACAUUCAAACCAAGUACUAAACAAGGGAUUUGGAAUCAAAAACUCAUAUUUACCUCCAUCAAAUAUCCAACAACAAUUUUUUGGUUAUAAAUCAGAAGAUAACGUGCAAAAUUCUACCACAUUACUGAACUUUAAAAGUUCUCCUUACAAACCUCAACAUAUUAAUGGAAAUAUGUAUCAACAACAAGUUGGCUUGCAAUUCACACAGUCUUUUCUUAAAAAUAAUUUUAACCAAAAUAAUCCAAUUUCAAACCCUCAGAAUCACGAUCAGUUUAAAAAUAACAAUAACAUUGAAUUAAAUAAAAAUUCUGAUUCUCAUAAACAAUCUCAAUCAAAUUUGCAAUCAACUUUUCAACCUCAAACAGAAUUAACCACACCUUUUGAAGAUUCCAAAGUGAAUGUCGCUUUUCACAAACAAAAACAAAACAUGCCAAUUCCAAGUCAGUUAUCCUUCUUGUCUCUUUCGACUUCUAAUAUUCAACCUUUUAAUGUAGCCCAUUCUAUAUUCGCUCAUGAAAGAUCCAGUGAUAAUUCAAAUAACAAUGUUGAUAUCCAAUCUAAUCCAGCCGCACCACAUCUGGUCUCGAAUGGCUUCCAAGAGAUUUCUAACAAGGAGGUACCUAAAUCUAAUGACGCAUCGCAAUAUCAGAGUCUAGACCAUUCAUAUUUUUAUAAUCAACCUUCGAAGCCUUUUGAGGCCUCUUAUCAAAAUAAUGAAGAAAAUAUAUCAAAUUUCAAUUCUGUUCAAAAUAGUAGUCAAGUGACGCAGAGUGGUAAAAAUAAUUUAAAAAAUCUAAAUAUGCAACUUCAAACCUCUACUAAAUAUCCUAGGCUUCUUCCUAUUGCACCUACUGUGGCAAGUUUUUCUAAAAUACCAUAUAAUGAAAAUCUAAAUACUCCUAAUGAUAUAGUUUUAUCCGAAAACGGAGGGUACGGGGCUUCCACAAAUUAUCCAAAAGCCCCUACAAUAGGAAAUAUUACUCCAUAUCCAACAAAAUCUACAGACCAAGACAGUAGUAGGUUUUUAUCUCAUUCUACUGGAAUAACACAAGCCGCUAUAUCACCUUUUCCCUCUCUUUCUCCCGUGACAAACAUUGGACCUGUUUCAAACAUUAAGCAACCAGAAAACUUUAGUUUCAAUCGAGAUAUCUCUCAAAGCUCAUUUUUUAUCCCUUCUACAGCUUUGCCGCAAGAAAUAGCGUUAGGACAGUCACAUUACCUACAAUCAAAUAACAAAUUACAUCAAACGGAUUCUCUGCAUAAGCUAGGUUUUGUCCAACAAACAUCUGGGCAAAUAAUGCCUGAAUUUAAUAAUAUUGGUAAUACACAAAGUCAACAAUAUGAUGGUGAAGUAUACGAAUACAACAAACCUGAUAAUUCACUUUCUAGUCCUUCACAAUCAGAGAAAGAGAAUCAACCAUUUAUUGGAAACAGCUUUGCAGAGUUUGGUCAAAAACUCCAACCGUCGUUUGAUCAAAUAGGAAGUCAAAGAAAAAAUCAAAAUGAAUACGAUAAUAUCUCUCAAAUAAAAUCCCACGAAUCGCAGCUUAACGGAAACAAUAUACAAAAACAACCAAUUAUACCUCUAGGUGAUUCCCAAAUAACGAACUUUGAUCCAUCAGCCCAAACAAAAUUCGCAACAGACGUUUUUACAAAAAGUCAAGAGAAUAAAAAUUACAAAGUUCCAUUUGAAUUUUCCAAUAGAAUAAAGCCUUGUUGCCAAGGAUAUAAAAUUUCAUCAUCCGAUCGAAGCAUGCCAACCAAUUUUCAAAUGUCAUCGCAAAAUUCUGUCCAAAGUCAGCAGGAUUCUAAUUUCGGAGAAUUUGAAAAGCUCGAACCUCUAAGUACUGACUAUAAGCCCGGUAGCAAAAAAGGCACUUUAAGUACCCAAAAUACAGGUUUACAGAACUAUCAAGGAUUUCAAAGUGCACAAAUAACUAGUCAAUCAUCUCAAGCAGGUAGCAGAGAAGACUUCAGUGGUUCACGAAGACCACCAGGUUUCGAUAAAGCAUCUGGCUACUAUUAUUAA